GACCCUGUCCGCAAGGCACCUUCGCCUGUGAUGGCAACACGUUGUGCGUGCCGCAGCGUCAAAUUUGCGACAAUCGCACAGAUUGCGAGGAUGGCAGCGACGAGCACCCGGUGGAGUGUGGCCUACUUUAUGGCAGUAAGGCGCUGACCGAUAAAAUUGUCGGCAAUGCAAUUGAACGGCGGCGACAACAACAGCAGAGAAAGACAUUUAGCAGCGGGCGCAAUGGCACCACGACUCCAUUGAUAAAUGUGACGACAGUAGAUGUAACACCGUUGGAGCCGGCAACCAUUGACACCGAAAAUGGUGGACGUCGUACGGUAGGCCGUGGUAACGAAGAUGCUGCGUUUUGCGAAAUAACAACAUAUCCAAAAGGUGUUUGCACCUGUCGCCAGCGUACGAUAUUGUAUUGUGGACGCAAGGCGAAAUUGACGCGCAUACCGCGCUUAAGUGCCGAGGUGACGUAUUUGAUGAUGAGCCGCAGUAAUUUGACGCUGCGUGAAAAUAGCUUUAUUGGGUUGAAACACUUACAGAAGCUCUUACUGAAGCAUUGCAACAUAUCGCAUGUGCCGCUAGGCACAUUCAAUGGCCUACAUCAGCUGGAAAAAUUGGAUGUGCGGCAUAACAAUAUCAGCGCUUUGUCAGCUGGCAUAUUUCGUGGCAUGAAAUCUCUGAUGUGGCUAUUUCUCAUUUCGAAUCAAUUGCGUACGUUGCCGUUGGCACAAUUUGUGGACAUGCCACGCCUCGAAUGGCUAAUGCUGAGUGAUAAUUUGCUCACACUGCGUAACGAGAAAUUUCCGCGCAUGCUGCGUCUCUAUGAAAU